AACCUAAAGUACUCCCAACGACAAAUACACAACAACCACACACACAUCCACAAAUAACACACUGAAAGAUGAGUUCCUCUACUGAACAGAGUUUUCCUGGAAUUGAUCCGAAUGAUCCAAAGAUCCAACUUCUUGCUGCUUGGGCUGUGAAUGAGUACAACAAGAGCGGACAUUGCCUGAAGUAUAUACAAGUUUUAAAAGCAUAUGCACUCUGGAGUAGUGGUGUGAGCUACUAUAUUGAUCUGGAGGCAUCCGAUGGUUGUUUGUUGCACAAGUUUUCUACAAUAGUUUUUGUACGGGAAACAACCAACACUAUUAGACUCUACAAAUUCGAGCCUUUGUUGGAAUCCCAGCCUCUGUUGGAAGCCGAUGCACGUGUCGCUAUAGCCAACUAAUCUUCAUGCACUCCCUAAACCUGAAUAAUGUGCAACCUAAGUAAGCAUUUUUGGUGUAAAUGUUAAAGUACAUCAAAACUAUAUAUUAUGACCUACUCUGGCUACUACUUUUACAAUGUCUUACGUGACUUGGGCUUUGUACUACUACUACGUGCCAUAUAUAUAUACCUUCAUGCAGGGAAGGAAUCUUGUGAAUUUUAA